AUGGCUAAGAAAUUCCUGGCCAGAUUCUCCAUCCAAAAGGACAAAGCCAAACAUGCUCCGAGCUUAUUAGGAAUCAGGCAAGGAGAACGGAAAACCCUACGUAACUACAUGGAAAGAUUCAACAAGACAUGUAUGAAUAUACAGAACUUACCAACUGAAGCCGCUAUUAUGGGCCUCAUUAAUGGCUUGCGAGAAGGGCCCUUUAGUCAAUCUAUUUCAAAAAAGUACCCCACAUCUCUGAACGAGGUGCAACAACGUGCGGAAAAAUACAUCAACAUGGAGGAAAACUCCCGGUUAGGAGAAACCUCGAAGGCUGGGUUCACCCCCCGGGAUAAAGACAAAGAAUCCAGGAAGAAGGAAGAUUGA